CGCGACGGUCGAAGCGCGCGGACGUGUGUAGUGCUUGUGUUUACCCCUCCAAUCGUAUUACGAUGCUGCGCCCCCGGAGAUGAGCCCGCGUGGCCGCUCGCUGCCUCCCCCCCCGCCCCGCCAUGCCGCGCCCCGCCCUGCUGGCCGCGCUCGCGGUCUACUGCUCCACUCUUGUCGGCUUCCUCCCCGCUCGCUCCGAGAGAAGUAGCUCCGAGCACUCCCCCCUCGACGCGGCAGAACUCCUCCGAGACGCCCCCCUCUACCCCCCUCUACGCGACAACUCUAGAACUCUAGAUGAAACCCCCGAAACUCUCAACGAAGAAAACAACGACAAAACAAGUGACUUAAGCCCUUUUAGCAAAAAUUUCCAACCUUUUUUCGAUACUAACGAGUUUGAUGAAGAUUCAAUAGAUAAUACAGACGUCAACGAACUAACUGGUGUCAAUUAUGAUGAAACAGAAACCAGUAUCGAGGAUAGCAGCAUACUAGUAACGCCAGACGACAAUGUUCUUCAAUCUCAUAAUAAUAUAUUUGAAAUUUUGAACGAUUCUAAAGGUAAAGUCACGGAUUUUGAUGAAACUGUCCAAGCCACUAGUAUUACAAAAGAUGAAACUAUAAAUGUUAAUGAAGAAAAUAUAUUUGAAACAAAUAUCAUAAGUAAAAGCAAUAUAACGCCUGAAGAUUACAAUGAUAUACAAAAUGUACCUCAAGUUUUGGAAACUAUAAACCAAGAAAAUAAUGAAAAGCCUUUAGAUAAUAUUAAAAAUACUAAUGAAAUGUUGGAAAGCGAAGAUUUGAAUGCAUCCGAUAGCGGUUUCAUAGUAGCCCCGGGAUCGAAUAUCGAUGAAUUGAAUAGAAUUCUGAUGGCUGAAGAAGCAAGAGUUGAUGCCGAAAACAAAAAGUUAUCAGGUGAUUCUGAAUCUACCACGGGGAAUGUUACUAAAGCGUCUGUGGCAGAAGAUGAUUCGAGUGAAGCUUUUGUUACGGAAGAAAACUUUGAACGCAAGAAAAGAAGCAGUACGGAUUGGGAGAAACCGACAAAGUCACGUCGAGUCAAAACUGGUGAUACGAUCCUAAACAUACGUGGAGCUGUGCGGGAUGCUAUCGGAGACGCAGGGGCGGCUCCUGGCAUGAGAGCAUCUUCGAGGGUCGACGCCUUCGUCAUCAGGCCAGCGCCGGUGAUGAGGGACGAGCCAAGGGAACAGAUGAGGGAAGCGAGGAGGGAUCGCGUAGCUUCACCGCCACCUCAGCCUCAGAAGCAGGAGAAAGAGCUCUUAGUGGAGCCGCACGCGCACGCGCGCAUCGUGUGUGACCUCGUCAACGUCACCAACCUGCGCUGGUACAAGGACAGUGAGCAAGUUAACCUGCCGUCAUCUCCCGGCGGUGGGGAGUCGGCGUGGCGUCAGGGAGACGCCGUAGAGAUCGCACGCGCAUCCCGUGGCCACGCUGCCCGCUGGCGCUGCUCAGGCCGCGACAAAGCCGGCCGCACGGUUACCGGCGAGCCCACCAGACUGCUUAUAUACGAGCCAGUUCGGUCAGUGUAUCUAGCGGUGGACGGAAGACGCCUGGACGCGGGGAACACCUGGGUGCCUGUCAGAGACAAGACUGUCCUUGAAGUGAGAUGCGUUGCUGAAGGUGGCGUCCCUCCACCCGAGCUGUCAUGGCGUCUGCUGGCCCUGGAGCCUGCCCUGGAUCACCGGCCAUACCUGCGUAUACACCACACUAAUUAUUCUGUCGAGGGCGUGUGGUGGUCGCGCGCGGUGGUGACGGCGGCGCGAGAGCUGCACAACGGCACGCUGCAGUGCGCGGCGCGACAGCGGAGGCCCGACGCGCCGGCGCCGUCGGCUCGCCCGCCCGACGCGCUCACGGCCAAGCUGGAGAUACACGUGACUUACCCGCCGUCGUUCGUGAUCUCGCGCUGGCCCGGCUUCGGCGUGUCGCUGUGGGCGGGCGGCGCCGCGGCGCUGCGCUGCGACGUGGACGCCAACCCGCCCGCGCGCGCCGCCUGGAUGCGCGACACCGACCGCGUCUCCAGCUCGCCAACGCCGCUGGAGACGGGUGCGGAGGACGGGGCCGCGCUGGGCUCGGCCACGCUGCGCUGGGUGCGGCUCAGCGAAUCGCACGCCGGCUGGUACCGCUGCCGGGCGCGCUGGAUGGACAUCGAGUACUCGUCCAUCGGGUACUACCUCAACGUGCUGGCGUCGGACGAGAACACGCAGUCGGCGACGGAGCCCGGCGAGAAGGAUGAAGAGCCCGACCACCAGAAGGUGGAGGUGCCGCUGGGCGGCAACGUUCAGCUGCACUGUCCCAAGGGCAGCGUGGGCUGCUGGUGGCGGCGCGUGGUGGGCAACGCGUCCGACGCGUGGGCGCCGGCGGGCUCGCACCACGCACACGGCGUGUUGGGUAUAAAGGAAGCUAUGUACGAGGAAGGAGGCGAGUACCGCUGCGUGGGAGCUCGGGCGCCUGAUCUGAAGCGACUUCGUGAACUGAAGCGCGUCACUCUCAGAGUGACAGGUGGUGCAACAGCAACUGCCAUAAGCGCUGACUACACGCCUAGUGGCUGGCGGCUGGAGUGCGGCGCGUGUGGCCGAAACCUGCGCGUUAUGUGGCUACGCGAUGGUCAAUCGAUGCCCGCCAUAUUGACGCCGGAUCUCGCGCAACAUUGCUGGAAGGCGAUACUACUGGUGCCAGAGCCUGAUGAGGUGUGGUGCAUAGUGGUAUCGUCGAGUGGGGGGGCGGUGGCGGUGUUCCCGCGCCGGACGGUGGAGGCGUCCCCGUCCCCCGCGCGCCACGCGGUGCGCGCUCUGCAGGCCGGUGCGGGGCACGUGCGCGCUGUUCGUAUGACAGUUUUGAUUGGACUCUUGGCUGGAUUCGUUUGAGUUUCUUAAACCUGAGCCCUGUAUUCUGGUUCUCUAUGACAUUCGAAAACAGUACACCAAAAAAAGCACGAAAUGUUUAAACAAAUCAAAUGAAUCAUAAUUUAAAAAAAAAAUUGUUAUUCCCUAAGUAUCUAACUUUCCAGAUUAAUUCUUGUAUCUUACAUCAAGUUUUUCUAUUUAGAUACUUGAACUGGGUAAGUUAAUAAAAUUAACUCGUAUUGCGAUUGGUAUUGCGAUUUCAAUGUCAUGGAGAAUCGACACCCAACUAUCACGAAAAAUGUUUUAGCGUGAGAUACAGGGCCCUGGUUAGUAAUUGAUUGGCCUUCUGCUGCGAGUGCUGAAAAUGUUUUAUAAAAUACACAUUUUUGCGUAUAUUGCCUGUGACAGAUAUAAUAGUGCUCACAUAACAAUCUAUUUAAAGCUGCAAAAGCAGUAAAUAAAGUAAUCUGCCGU